CGUGUCGGUUCGUUGAUGGGAUUGAGUGACAAUGACGUCUUUGAAUAGUGGUGUUAAUUCUGUGACAAAAUUGAAGUUUAGUGUGGACAGUAUUUUGGGUAAUAAUGAUUCUCAUCACUCGAGUACGCCGGUUACGGAGGUGUCUCGGAGUCAGGAGCCUCCAUGCGCCGGUUGCGUUGCUGCGCUGUACCGCUGCUGCAGGGAUGAACCUCCCCUUCUUCAGCUUCCCUUGCCUCUUCCAUACACACAUUUACAUCCAGCAUUAAGGCCUACUACAGUGUACAGGCUACCUCUUCCUUCGUCAUCACCACCGCAGUCAUCAUCAGCUCCUCGAUGUGACGUCACUUCAAGUGGCAAGAGGAAGCGAUCCUGGUCCCGAGCAGUGUUCAGUAACCUUCAACGAAAAGGACUGGAGCGACGGUUCCAAAUACAAAAAUAUAUUACGAAGCCAGACAGGCGACAACUGGCGGCUACCUUAGGACUCACUGAUGCUCAAGUAAAAGUCUGGUUCCAAAACCGCCGUAUGAAAUGGCGACAUACGAAAGAAGGGCGCGGUGGCAUAGCAGGGACAACAGGUCUACCUGGACGAGACCCUGACUCCACCAACGAUGACAACGAAGACAUUGAUGUUGACACACUCAGUGAUUAAUUGAAACUGUUUGGACUAGACUAAAGUGAAUUGAAACUUUGCGGUAUUUUCUUCAUGCAUAGGUGCUAAGUGGCUAUGAUUCGGCAUUGUGAGAUAUUGCCAAUGAGAAAAAAAUUGCGGACGGAGGAAUAUUCGGCCUCAGUGGUCAAACGUUUUUCAGCUUCUCGAAAGGGUUAUCUAGAAUGCCCAGGUUUUGAUACGAAGGGGUAUAUCGUCACAGUGACUAGUUUUUUACUUAGUAUUUUGCGAUUCAACGCAUCGAUAGACCUUUAAAGUGAUCAAGUUAUGAAUGAAAAGGCAUCCUACUUAUUUUGGGAACAGUAUCUAGUAAUUAGACAAUGAAAUACCCAAUUUGUGUGGUGUACGUACCUACAUAUUUGGUGUUCGUAACGUGCACCUAUUGUUUUAAUUUUUCAAGAUUUCUUUGCAACAUUAUCUAUAUACAUACAAAAUAAAUGUAGGCUAGUUUACUGAUGUAUUUUAAACGACCUGAGUAAUAAUUAUUUAUUAAAUGUAAAUAAGUUGCAUUUAGUGUACAGAGAAUCCUAUAUUUUUAUAAGAAAGAACCAAUAAACUG